GUUACUAUUUCUUAUAAUGUGUGCCCCCUUGAUACCCCGCGAAAAUUCACAACCAAUUAUGAGUCAAGUGCCUGAUAAAUUAGGAGACGUAUUCGAUGUCUGAAAGGAAUCGCGAAGUCGCUUUUAGCGAUGUGUGAAGAACUCCACUUUCUUGGACAAUUAGGUGCCCAUGUGAAGUGAUAUGGAGAUAAGGAAAUUUUCCGGGAACAUAAUCUCUUCGUGUUUUCCGUCCUGUGUACUAUCUUGCCUUUUUACUACUGCUCUCGUGAUAUACCUUCAGGUCGCCACCUGCAGCAUAAUAGGGAGCCAUACGCCGCGGCGGAAAGACGGGUGCGACACGCACUCGUGAGCUAGAGGGUUGUCGGGCGUGGUGCGGGCGGCGGCCGCGAGCCCGGCACCAUGGCGACGGUGGAGGGGCGGCCGGCGCAGUAUGGCGUCUCGCUCCGGCAGCUUCGGGAGCUGAUGGAGUCCCGCGGCGCCGAGGGCCUGGCCAAGAUCAACGCACUCGGUGGUCCGCAGGAGUUAUGCAAGAAGCUGUACACAUCGCCCACAGAUGGUCUUAGCGGUUCGAAAGCGGACCUGCAGCAUCGGCGCGAGGUGUUCGGUUCAAACCUUAUCCCGCCGAAACCUCCCAAAACCUUCUUGACGUUAGUAUGGGAGGCACUGCAGGACGUAACACUGAUCAUCUUAGAGGUGGCCGCCGUCGUCUCCCUAGGUUUGAGUUUCUACAAGCCGUCCGAUGACGCAAAUGAUCCUGCUCAUCUGGACGAAGAGGAAGGCCACUAUCAAUGGAUCGAGGGUCUGGCGAUCUUAAUUUCUGUCAUAGUCGUCGUUAUAGUUACAGCGUUCAACGAUUACACGAAAGAGAGGCAAUUCAGAGGUCUUCAAUCUCGGAUAGAGGGCGAACACAAGUUCGCAGUAAUCCGGGGGAGCGAGGUGAAACAGGUGGCGAUCAGCGACAUAGUCGUAGGCGAUAUCUGUCAAAUCAAAUAUGGUGACUUGCUGCCCGCUGAUGGACUUCUGCUACAGAGUAACGACCUAAAGAUCGACGAGUCAUCGCUGACGGGCGAGUCAGACCAUGUCAAGAAGGGUGAAUCUUUUGAUCCCAUGGUGCUAUCUGGUACACACGUUAUGGAAGGCUCUGGCAAAAUGCUUGUGACAGCUGUGGGUGUGAAUUCACAAGCUGGCAUCAUCUUCACGCUACUCGGUGCCGCUGUGGACAAGCAGGAGAAGGAAAUUAAACAAAUGAAGAAAGAAGCUAAAAAGCAGCAACGAAAAGGAACCCAACGCAAGAGUUUGUCCGGUGACGAGGACGCAACACUGCCAGCGUCGGGCAACAGCCACGGCGCAAACCACGCGCGUCCUGACGAUAACCACGUGCCCGCCCCGCCGGCUGACAAGCCCGCCGCCGAGACGGGACACAAGAAAGAGAAGUCGGUACUGCAGGCCAAGCUCACCAAGUUAGCUAUACAGAUCGGAUACGCCGGUUCCACUAUCGCCGUUCUCACUGUCAUCAUCCUGGUCAUCCAAUUCUGCGUGCAUACCUUCGUCACUCAAGGAAAGAAAUGGAGCGCAGUAUACGUUAAUAAUCUCGUCAAACAUCUUAUCAUUGGUGUCACCGUGUUGGUGGUCGCCGUACCUGAAGGUCUACCUCUUGCUGUCACACUCUCUCUGGCUUACUCCGUUAAGAAAAUGAUGAAAGACAAUAAUCUGGUGCGGCAUUUGGACGCGUGCGAGACGAUGGGCAACGCAACCGCGAUCUGUUCAGACAAAACGGGCACACUCACCACCAAUCGGAUGACGGUCGUACAAUCAUACAUAUGCGAGAAGUUGUGCAAAGUGACACCCAACUUUAGAGAUAUACCCUCGGAAGUUGGCGAGACGCUCGUCGAGGGUAUAUCGGUCAAUAGUGCGUUCACCUCCAGGAUUAUGCCAUCUCAAGACCCUACCGGUCCCCCAAUGCAAGUCGGCAACAAGACGGAAUGCGCGCUACUCGGGUUCGUGAUCGCGUUGGGCCAGAGUUACGAUGGUGUCCGGGAGCGACACCCUGAGGAGUCCUUCACCAGGGUCUACACCUUCAACAGCGUCAGGAAGAGCAUGUCCACCGUCAUCCCGUACAAAGGCGGCUACCGGCUCUAUACCAAGGGGGCUUCCGAAAUUGUCCUGAAGAAAUGUGCAUUCAUCUAUGGUCACGAGGGUCGGCUAGAGAAGUUCACCCGCGACAUGCAAGACCGACUGGUGCGGCAAGUAAUCGAACCUAUGGCCUGCGACGGACUCCGAACCAUCUCGGUGGCGUUCAGAGACUUCGUGCCGGGGAAGGCUGAAAUCAACCAGGUGCACAUAGACCAAGAGCCAAAUUGGGACGACGAAGACAACAUUGUGAACAAUCUGACCUGUCUCUGCGUAGUUGGAAUUGAAGAUCCUGUCAGGCCAGAGGUGCCGGAAGCCAUCCGCAAGUGCCAAAAAGCGGGUAUCACAGUCCGUAUGGUCACUGGUGACAACGUGAACACGGCGCGGUCCAUCGCUGUCAAGUGCGGUAUACUCAAGCCUACCGAUGACUUCCUCAUACUCGAAGGGAAAGAGUUCAACAGGCGGAUUAGGGAUAGCAACGGCGAGGUCCAACAACAUCUACUUGAUAAGGUGUGGCCCAAGUUACGUGUGUUAGCGCGUUCCUCACCAACAGACAAAUACACACUAGUUAAGGGCAUGAUAGAAUCGAAGGCGUUCGACACGCGUGAAGUGGUCGCUGUCACCGGCGACGGGACCAACGACGGGCCGGCGCUGAAGAAGGCCGACGUCGGAUUUGCUAUGGGUAUCGCCGGCACGGACGUAGCGAAGGAAGCUUCCGACAUUAUCCUAACGGAUGACAAUUUCUCGUCGAUCGUAAAGGCUGUAAUGUGGGGUCGGAACGUGUAUGACUCGAUCGCAAAGUUCCUCCAGUUCCAAUUGACUGUCAACGUGGUUGCCGUCAUCGUCGCCUUCAUCGGUGCGUGCGCGAUACAGGACAGUCCGCUCAAGGCGGUGCAAAUGUUAUGGGUGAAUCUGAUCAUGGACACGCUAGCGUCUCUCGCCCUCGCCACCGAAAUGCCAACACCAGAUCUGCUCCAACGGAAGCCAUACGGCCGGACCAAAGCUCUAAUCAGUCGCACCAUGAUGAAGAACAUCCUCGGACAGGCCAUAUACCAGUUGUUUAUAAUAUUCGCGCUGCUGUUUGUUGGUGAUGUCCUUCUGAACAUCCCGUCGGGUCGGGGUCAGCCCCUGGGCGCGGAGCCGACCCAGCACUUCACAAUAAUCUUCAAUACCUUCGUAAUGAUGACUCUCUUCAACGAGAUCAACGCGCGAAAGAUACACGGCCAGAGGAAUGUGUUCCAGGGUCUCUUCACCAACCCUAUCUUCUACUCUAUAUGGAUUGGAACGGCGUUAUCACAGGUAAUCAUAAUCCAAUUCGGCGGGAUUGCGUUCAGCACGGCCGGGCUAUCGAUAGACCAGUGGUUGUGGUGUCUGUUCUUCGGAGCCGGUACCCUCGUUUGGGGCCAGCUCGUCACCACCGUGCCCACUAGGAAAAUACCAAAGACUCUCACGUGGGGCCGCGGCCAACCGGACCCAGAGACAAUCCAGCCGGGGCCCGACUACGACAAUGACCUGGACAAGAAGCCUCGUGCUGGACAGAUCCUCUGGAUCCGAGGACUCACCAGGCUGCAGACGCAGCUGCGCGUGGUGCGCGCGUUCAAGUCGACGCUGGAGGACCUGGAGGAGCGGCUGUCGGCGCACUCGGCGGCCGGGCUGCGGUCGCGGCUGCGCGCGCCGCCCGCCGACAUCGCGUACAUCGACGCGGAGGACGUGCCCGCCGCCGCCCGCACUGAGACCACCAUAUUCUAACCUCCGCCACGCGCCACCGCCGGCACACACACACCGACACCCGCACCCGACGAACCGUUGUUUUUCUUUAGUUCUGUUUAUUUGCGACGGCGGUCACGGGACGUACUUAACGCAGCGAUCUCCGCGUAAUCUCGCUCCGCGUUUCGGCUCCGCUCGGUUCUCGACCGCUUCACGAUUCUUAAUUUAGUAUAAGGUUUUAUUAAUUGUUGAAAAAUUUUAGCCGUAGGUAGUCGAUAGCAAUAAACUACUAAUAGAGGACGUUAGAGGCCCGACGUUAGAUUCCUAAACCGAAUUGUGCCUGUUACGCGCCUCCGUUCGGCGGCGCGCCUGAACGUUUUCAAUUCAUGUUUGUACUCUGUUAAUGUUUCACGUUAUCGUUCCGAGCCGCGUCCUCGCCUGCGGGCGGGUGACGUCACCAUCGGGACCCUAUCGAUAUGAACAUGUGUACGUAGAUCAUACGAAUCUAUCUGCCAGUAUAUCAAACACUGCUAUUUUAGAGACGAUCGUAUUUGUACAUAAAUUAGAGAUUCUUGACGUCUUAUUAUUAUGUAUAUCGGAGCAGUGAUAUUUUGUAUAGGUAGCUAUUUAAUGAAACAAAUGAGGGGAAACUCCUUUUCCAAUAUUAUAUCUUUUUAACAUUAGACUUUGAAAUUUUACUGAUCUUUUGAAAUUUUCAAUCUCAUUAGCUUUUUGUGUAAGUAGUUUGUUACGAAAUAUAUUUACUUAUUGUAAAGAUCUUAGAUACUCGGAAGCCAGUGUGUUUUGUUUCAUAGUAAAUUUUGGGACCACUUUUAACCCGUUUCUAAACUUAAUAACUGGGAUACAAUUAGAUCUAAAACUAUUGUUUACUGAUACUAUAAUAUUUUUAUCUUAUAACGUGUUAAUCUAUCUAUGAAUUGUAUAUGCAGAUGCCUAAAGUUUAAUAUGAAUGGGACACCUCACGCUUAUCAGCAAACGAGAGCUCUUAAAUAUGUAUUAUCUGAAUUACUUUGGUUUUGCCAAUGUUACAAGGACUAUUUAUAUUGAUAAAUAAAUUUUCAAGCAAAUUCCAUAGCAUUUUCUUUCGCCACUCGUAUAGUUAUGGUGGGGGCCGCCCAGUUUUAGAAAAAUCGCUCUAUUUCAGAUGUUGACGGUAAGUUUAGGUCUGACUCGCAUAGGGAGUAACGUUUGUAAGUAUUCGUAAGAGACCGGCGAGGCCAACCAUAGUAGGUACACCAUAACGAGUGAUUAUAUAGUCAUGUCAUUGUGUAGAGCAUGAUAUCCGUGUCAGUGCACGAUGACUGAGCAGCGACUGAGUCUUCGGUACAUACUCGCUUUGACACAUUGAAAAGUUCUUGUUAAUAAAGCAAAUAGGUUCUACAACAAUUGUGUUCAAUAAAUCAGUCUUAAUUCACGACCACCAUUUUAUAAGGUGAGAGCUCUGAGACGCCAUUUUGUUUGCACGAGUGCACAACAAAAUGGCGCCUCGUUAGUGUAUAAGUAUUGAGUAUAUAUUGAAGAUAACAAUGUGUAUUUUUGGUACGAAACAUAUUUUUUUAAUCUUUUUUUUAUUAUGCUUGGCAUUUAUAGAGAGUGUUCGUGCUUAUAUUUACAGUGUUUUGCAUGUAUACAGAUGUCUGUGAGUAUGCACAAUUUGUAUAUUUUCUUUUUAAUUUAUUUUUAAUAGAUGUUUGGUACAAAGAUUCUGAUAAUGUUUAGCGUUAAACAGUUUUCAUAUUUUAUAUGUUAUCAGUUUUUCGCAUAAAAGUUUUAUAUCCGAAUUUUAUUUUAGAGUUUCUUAAUAUAUUUAGUCUUUAUACAAUAUUAUAGAUAAUAUAAACUUACCAAACUUCUAACAUAAUAGUAUUUAAGACGAUUUAUUAAUUAUAAAACAUAUGUAGACGUUGAAAAAUGAAAAGUAUCUGUAUAAUCUCCACUACACCAAAGUAGCCUAAUAAGAAAUCAUAUAUCACUAUAAACUAAAACUAAAUAAAUGCGGCUUUACAUUUUUCUUUCGCUUAGUUUUAUGUCAUUAACUCGGUUGUGUAUGUACUUAUUUACUAAGUUGGUUUCAUAAUUUAUUUGAGUUUUAUGUAAACGAGUCUUAUUUAUUGUAAAGAAAACAUACUUAACCGGCUCUAAACUACCAAUAUAAAUCAUAUAAACUCUUGAAAUAAACUAAUUUAUUUCAAUAACAAUGAUAUUUCAUUUGAACCUGAAUCUAAUAACACAAUACUUGCGUGGACGACAGUUACAAAGCAUACAACGCGCGAUGUAGCUCACAUAC